GACUAACAAUUGGUUAAAUCGCUUUUAACGUGUUCUUAAAGUCUAGGUUAAAGUGGACGCGUAUACUAGCGCCAGGAUAUUGUAAUAGUGGGAAAAACUACUGCUAUUUAAAUAUUAGCUCAACCCUAUCAAUUGCUCAAUUGUAUUCAUUUAUAUUUGAUAGUGGACACAUGAAUCUUUAUUCUAUUACGAAAUUGUCCCAAAAUUUUUCUACGAUUCUCCCAAAGAUUAGGAUUCCCCCACACUUUCUCAGGAUUCUCCUAAGUUUUCCCUAGGAUCUUGUGUCUAGCUUUUCAAACACGCUUCAAACAUAAAUAUAACCUAAACUCAUAACAACGUGGUGGUUGACACGUAUUUGUUUAAAACUUGGAAAGAAUUAAGAAAUGAGAGUAAGGAGGAAAUCAGAAGGGAAACGACGGCAAGAAAAGGAAAGAGCUUUAUACGUUCGUCUGCCGCAUACAAUACGUAAAGAGGAAGAUGUCGCGAAAUUAUUUACAGGCGAUUUUAGAGUUAAUCUUCCUCGACAAAGUAGCAGGCAUUGCUAUGUGAUAUUCUCUGAUGUUGAAGAAAAAUUGAGAAAUUUAAAAGCAGCACAAAACAGUGUGAUAAAUGGGAAACAUGUUAUAGUUGCUCCUGCAAUUAUUAAGGAUAAGAAGGAUAGAAUUAGUAAGAAGAAAAUUGUUAUACCUGAAAUAAAAGAUGAUCCAAAAGUAACAAGAAUCCUUUUCGUUUCAAACAUUAAUCUCGAAACAAAACCCGAAGAAAUAAAGGCAGCUAUUCCAGGAUGUCUGACUGUGAAAAUAUUGAAACCAUAUUCAAAAAAGUCUAAGGCUGCAAUUGUUAAAAUGGAAAGUGCACGAACAGCAGCAGAGUAUUUGCAGAAGAUACGAAGUAGGCCAAUUGUUGGAGGACGUAGAUUAAGAUUAAAUCCUGAUACUAGACAUAGGAAAAAGCAAUCAAAAGGACUUAAAAUCUAUGAUGGUGAAACAGAAAUACCUAUGCAGAAAAGCACUUCAAGGGAAAAUAACAAACCUUUAGAUCAUAUCGUACUUGAAAGCAAAACUUCGAGUUGAGUGUUUUAUUAUGACUUGCAAUUACAUACGUUAAAUUCCAUUAUUUAUAUAAUAUUCAAUGUAUAUAAUGACAACCAGAUCUUUGUAAAUAAAAAUAAAGUCAUAAGGAGUAAAAAUUAGGAAACUGUUUUAACAUACAUGGAAUUUGCAGCAAAGUUCUCAGAAACAAAUUACAUUAAUUUAUAAUUCGUAUUACUAAAAAUUUCAAUAUUAAUAACAUUUUUGUUCAAUAGUAAUUUUAAUCUCGAUAUUAUCUAUUACAAAAAACAUUUCAUAUAUUUUAACAGAAAUGAUUUAAAUUUCCAUCUCUUGUAAUUUCUUUUUUACUUUUUAAAUACGUUAUUUACGCAACAGUGAAGGUAACCGAGGCUGAUAAUAAAAUGAUACAGUAGUUGACAAAUGAGUCAUUUUAUAUAAUCAAGAGAACUCACGAUAUACUAUAAAUAAUCGUGCAUUUAAACAUACACAUGGCACUUUCAAGAGAUUGUAUUGUAACAUGCGUGAAUGUAUGCAAAUUCCAUAUUGAAAAGUAUUUAUUCGCGGAAAGCGUGCAAUAAUGAUAUGCGUGCUUAAAAAAACGAUCUCAAAAGUCAACGAUCAAGGUGAAAUCUUCAGUCCUGCAUGUAAAGUGUCAGGAUAAUACGCGAUUUAAAAGCAGUUUAGUGAAUCAUUUGAACGAGUAAUGUAGUGUAAUAGUCGUUCUCGUCGAAUUACAUACAUUAAAAAAACAGAAAUAAAAUCUCUUGACAAAAAUAA